AUGUUCAACAAAUUCAAACUGAGAAAACCUCCAUUAUCAUUGGGUUCUGUAUCCAAUGUCAUUAAAACUAGAGGAACCAAGGGUCUCUCACCAGAAGAAAUCGAUGUGAAAAAGAUUGAACUUAAAGUGGUCAACCAAAUAGGUAUCCCCAAAAAUUCUAUUGUUGCAGUUGCCUAUGAUCCAGUCCAAUCCUUGUUGGCAGUUUCAACAACAAGUAAUGAUGUUCGAGUUUAUGGACAAGUGAAUGUUGAAGUUGUUUUUGAAUUCAAUAUUAAGAACCCAAUUACAUUUUUGAAAUUUGUUAAAGGUGUCUACUUAGUAUGUGGGUCAGCAGGAUCUGGUUUGACCAUAUUAUCAUUACACUCCAAGAAAGUUUUAGGAACAGCACUGUUUCCUGGUUCAGUUACUGCCAUGGAAACGGAUCCUUCUUUAGAUUGGUUAAUCAUGGGAUUAUCUAAUGGAAGUUUAAUGUUUUAUGAUGUAGAUAGACUUCAACAAACUCCUUUCAGAAUUGAUAACUUACAGAAGAAGAUAAUGCCAAAGGAGAAAUUGUCCCCUGUUGUGUCCAUAGAAUGGCAUCCUCGUGAUAUUGGCACCUUGUUAAUCGGGUAUAAUCAGUCUGCAGUUGUAUAUUCACUUGUUUCCGGAGAGAUUAAGAGUGUCUUGGUUUAUCAACUUUCGAAAGAACAUAGAGCUUUUGAAUUGGCAUCACAUGUUUCUCAUGGGGGUAAGAAGAAACUUUUUGGAAGCUCAAAGGCAGUUUUACCGAAAUUAAAAGAAGCUCACUUUCAUCCUAAUGGGUUGCAUGCGGUGACUGUAUAUGAAGAUAAUUCUAUUGUAUUUUGGGAUAUUGCUAGUGGUUCAAUAUUGGAAGCAAGAAAUGUGUUUGAUGUUCAUAUUCAUCAACCAGGAACACCGUUACCAAUUCCAGAAGUUUUUCAUCCAAUUGAAACAGUCAGAUGGGUAUGUGGUGAGGAUCCGGAAAACACAAAGUUGCUCAUCAGCGGGGGUGAUCCAAAUGCAACUAACUGCAUCCAUGUUUUGGACUUUGGUUACACUUUAAAGUAUUCUAUUACCUCCAAUGAAAAGCAAGGUGAAUUCUACGCUCAACCACAGUCUGGCCAACGAAUAAUACCUCUUACUUUCUACUUGAACAAUACAGGAGUUGAAGAAGUGAUAACUACUAUACAGCCAAUUACUCAGAAUGGGUCACCAUACUUCAACGAGGGACACGACCCAGCAUUUUUGUUAUUGGUGUCGAAUUUGGGACAAAUAUAUCUUGUUUCCUUUUCAGAAAAUGCUGGAGGUCAAGGAUGCACUGAUUUGGGGUCAGUUAUUUUACCAACAUCAAUCUCAUUUAUCCAUCCACCGUUAUGUUCAUUUGAUGUGCAACAGGUUAGAAGAAUUGAUUGGUAUAGUAUAAUGUCGAACAGAAUAUCUAGUGGAGUUUCAUCAAAGACCAAAGAACUACUUUAUGGUGGGAUGUCAGCUCAACUCGGAAGCAUUCAGAAACCUAUUGGAUACAGUGAUAUUCACCGAAACAUUUUAAUCACUGGUCAUGAAAGAGGAUUGGUUAGAUUCCUGGACGUUUCAAAGGGUGAGCAGCAGGAAUUAGAAGGAAUUGUUCAAAUAGGUCUUCGAGAAACGUUGUAUGAUUAUGGUGAUCCAAAAUCAUUGAGAGUUACAUUUGUGUCUUGUGCAUUUGAAAAUCGCGAGUUAUUAGUAGGAUUGUUCUCCGGUGAUGUUGUUAUUUGUAAGUUUGGCAAGCACAACAGAAAUGCGGGUAUAUCAUCCUCAAAAGAUUAUAGUGGCUGUGAGAUUCAACAUUCAAAUGGGAAUGCCAAAUUGUUGGAUAUUCAUGAUAGAAUCCUGGGUUCUAUUACUGCAUCAUCAUCAUUUUUACCCGUCAGCUUGUUGCAAGUUGAACCAAGAGAACAAAUCUCGGUGCUUAAAAUGAGUGAAGUGGGUUUUGGUGCCGUUGGUUAUAAAUCCGGUAGAUUAGUCGUCUGUGAUAUAUCAAGAGGACCAGCAGUAAUUCUCAAUCUUGAAAAUAUUAAAGAGCACUUGGUAUCGAUUCAAGGUAAUUGUUAUCCAACAUCUAUUGAAUUUACCAUUCAAGAAUACGGUAACGAAGGCUACUCUUCCAUUUUGUUAUUAGUUGGUACCAAUUGUGGUGGUAAUUUAGUUAUGUUCAAAAUAGUUCCAAUGGGAAAUGGUGGGUUUGAGGUGAUUUUUGCUGAUAAGACUGCGCACUUAAACUACAGAACUACCGAUGCUGGGGACAGUGAAGGGUCCUUUAUUUCACAAUUAAUUCCAAUCAACGCCACAAAUGGUGCCUCAGCUAUUGCAGACAUGAGUACAUUUAAUAAACUUAGUCAGGGUAUUCUUUUACCAGGAUAUGUUAUUGCCACUUCGAGCCGAGAUGUCAGAGUGCUUAAACUUCCUAAACAAAAAUUGUCCCAUAAAGUUAUUGAUGAUACCUGUUUGAAAGUCAGUGUUGUGAAUUAUCGUGACCAUGGUGUUGUUUUGGCUAUUUUGGUAAAAACUGGGUUUGUCAAGCUUUGCUCGUUACCAUCAUUAGCUGAUAUUGCAAACAUCAAACUUCCUAGUGAAGUAUACCUGAAAGUGAAGGACUCAUUGGAGUCUGGUACUGCCACCCAAUCAGAUCUUUUGCUGUCCGGAGAAUUAUUUAUUAGAAGCUCCAAAACUGAAUCGGUGUAUGUUUGUACCCAUGAAAAAUCACGUUUCAAAGGGGAAGAGGAAACGGAUAAGUUGUUUAAUGAGAAUGCGAUUAUCCCCCCACGUCCAAGUGCAAGUGCUUUGCUGUGGGCAAGGGGUCAAACCAGCUAUGUUUCAAAUGAAGAUUUUACCAAUUUGAUAGCAGGUCCAAAUAGAAAAGCACCCAAAAAUAUUGAAUCCCAAUUAGCUUACAACGUGAGUCCUGAAGCUAAUCCUCAGAAUAAUUAUGGUGGUUACAACCCACAAAACCGUACUAAAAGUCAAGAUAAAAUCAGUCCUUAUGAGCAACCAGUUCGAAGAGGAACAGCUACUGGUGGCAUCGGGGCUCAAGGUUUUAUGAGAAGUGUUCAAAAUGGUAUUCAAACAGUAGAAGAGACAUUCAAUGAUUAUGCCAAUCAAGCAAGUGAAACUAUAACUGAAGGAGUCGCUGAUCAAAAGAAAGCGAUGUACAGUGCUGCAGUUAAAAGUAGAUUUGGAUUUUAA